AUGGCAGACAACAAAAAGGACGAAGUUUCUGAGGCUGUGUCCAGAGAUCCCAUUCAAAAGCAAGAGGAGCAGGAACAGGAGGUCGAGAAAUCAGGCGAAAGAAUCAAAAACCCCCUUGCGGAUAUCCCAAACCCUACCUUAUUACGAGAUGUAAAGGAUUUCGCGCAGAAGUUCGGCUUGGAUCACGUUUUGCCUACUCUGCAGAGGGGCGCCCUGGUGGCGAAAGAUCCAGCCAAUUUCGAGAAUGUUGAGGGCAUCACUCCGGAUGAAGUUGAAGUUCUCCGCAACGAGGUUCUUCACAAGUGGCGCCAACCAAAGCCCCUCUUCUUCACUAUCAUCCUGUGUUCGAUUGGUGCGGCCGUCCAGGGGUGGGAUCAGACUGGUUCCAACGGUGCCAACCUGUCAUUCCCGGAAGCCUUCAAUCUCCCUGAGAAGGAUCACCCGGAUGCGGAGAGGAACCAGUGGAUUGUUGGUUUAGUCAAUGCGGGACCGUACAUCGGAUCGGCUUUCCUUGGUUGCUGGUGCUCUGAUCCUCUUAACUACUACUUGGGUCGUCGAGGGGCUAUCUUUAUCUCUGCUGUCUUCUGUGUACUCACGCCUAUCGGUUCUGCUGUUUCACAGAGCUGGCCCCAACUACUGGUCACGCGCCUGCUCAUGGGAAUUGGAAUGGGUGCUAAAGCCUCCACAGUGCCAAUUUUCUGUGCCGAGAACACUCCUGCCUCUGUCCGUGGUGGUCUUGUUAUGUGCUGGCAACUAUGGACUGCUUUUGGUAUCUUUCUAGGAUUCUGCGCUAACCUUGCCGUGAAAGACACCGGCGACGUCUCCUGGAGACUUCAAUUGGGUUCUGCAUUUUUGCCAGCUGUCCCUCUUGUUCUUGGAGUUUUUUGGUGCCCGGAGUCCCCGCGUUGGUAUAUCAAAAAAGGGAAAAUCGAUAGGGCUUACCAAUCCCUACUUUCCCUGCGGAAUCAUCCAAUCCAGGCAGCUCGGGAUCUGUACUACAUGUACUCACAAAUCCAAAUUGAGGAGCAGAUCGCUGGAAAGAGCAAUUACAUCACUCGGUUCUUCCAAUUAUUCACCAUCCCCCGUGUCCGUCGGGCAACUCUCGCAUCGUUUGUAGUCAUGAUUGCGCAGCAAAUGUGCGGUAUCAACACCAUGGCGUUCUAUUCGUCGACCAUUUUCGCGGAAGCAAACGCCACUGUUACUGAGUCAUUGUUUGCGUCAUGGGGUUUCGGUUUGAUUAACUUCGUGUUCGCGUUCCCUGCCGUCUGGACCAUUGACACAUAUGGACGACGUGCCCUCUUGCUCUUCACCUUCCCGCAGAUGGCUUGGACUCUGCUUGCUGGAGGCUUUGCAUUCUAUAUUCCGCAAGACAGCAAGGCUCAUCUUGGUGUCAUCGCUUUCUUCAUCUACUUGUUCGCCGCGUUUUACUCUCCAGGAGAAGGUCCUGUACCCUUUACCUAUUCUGCUGAGGUCUUCCCUCUUUCGCACCGAGAGGUUGGUAUGGCAUGGGCAGUUGCGACGUGCUUAUUUUGGGCCGCGGUGUUAUCUAUCACCUUCCCUCGGCAAUUCCGUGCCUUGACCCCAACAGGUGCACUUGGGUUUUAUGCUGGCCUCAACAUCAUCGCUCUCAUAAUGAUCUUCCUCUGGGUACCCGAAACGAAACAGCGCACCCUCGAAGAACUGGAUUACAUAUUCGCGGUGCCCACCCGCAAGCAUAUGAGCUAUCAAAUGUUUACCGCACUGCCUUACUGGGUUAAACGGUACAUCUUCCGCAUGAAAGUCGAGCUGGAACCGCUGUACCACUUUGAGAAGAUCGCGGAGGAUGAGAAAUACAAGAAAGAGAUGCGCAGACAGAGCGAAACUGCCGCGCAGUCCCGGAAUGCAAGUGUCUCGAAGUAG